ACCAAUAUUCUUUCCUCCUUUUCACAUUUUCUAUAGAACUUUCAAAUAACAACCAAACAAAUCCAACCCGCCCGCCAAAGCCCAGUCAAACUUCCCAACUCAAUUCAUUCAAAUACGAAGGAAACAAAAUGUGCGGCGGCCUUUUCGGAAGACUCCUAAAACCCUUCAUCAGGAAACCCAGCAACGUCGUUCCUCUUGCCGCCGCCGUCGCUUCCGCCGCAUUGACCACCGGCCAGGGGAAUUACGCCGCGAUGGAAGGCAAAAAUCACCACAGGACUAGCGUCUGCAUCAUCGGAAGUGGUCCCGCUGCCCACACCGCCGCCAUCUAUGCCGCCAGGGCGGAGCUCAAGCCCAUCCUCUUCGAAGGGUUCAUGGCGAACGGCAUCGCCCCCGGCGGUCAGCUCACCACCACCACCGAUGUAGAGAACUUCCCCGGCUUCCCUGCUGGCAUGAUGGGAUUCGAGCUCAUGGAUAGAUGCCGCGAGCAGAGUCUUCGUUUCGGGACGGAGAUCCACACCGAGACUGUCUCUCACGUCGAUUUCUCUUCCCGUCCUUUUAAGGUCUUCUCCGAGGAGAGAACCGUCGAAGCCGAUGCUGUGAUCGUGGCUACCGGCGCUGUCGCCAAAAGGCUCGAGUUCCCCGGCUCUGGAUCAGAAGAAAACGGAUUCUGGAACCGUGGUAUAUCGGCCUGUGCCGUCUGCGACGGUGCUGCUCCUAUUUUCCGCAACAAGCCUUUGGCUGUGAUCGGGGGUGGGGAUUCCGCCAUGGAAGAAGCCACUUUCCUGACGAAGUACGGAUCCAAAGUUUAUAUAAUUCACAGGAGAGGCGAGUUUAGGGCUUCCAAAAUUAUGCAGAACAAGGCGCUUAAGAACGAUAAAAUCGAUGUGAUCUGGAACUCAUCUGUGGUAGAGGCUUAUGGAGAUAAGAGAUUGGAAGGACUCAAAGUGAAGAAUUUGGUUAAUGGGGACGUCUCGGAUCUGAAGGUUUCUGGGCUGUUCUUCGCAAUUGGGCAUGAACCAGCCACCAAGUUUCUGAAUGGGCAAUUGGAAUUGGAUUCCGAUGGGUAUGUCAAGACGACGCCAGGGACUACCCUAACCAGUGUUAAGGGUGUUUUUGCAGCGGGUGAUGUCCAGGAUAAGAAGUACAGGCAGGCUAUUACUGCUGCUGGAUCAGGAUGCAUGGCGGCAUUAGAUGCAGAACAUUACUUGCAAGAGAUUGGUGCCCAAGUGGGAAAGAGUGAUUGAUUUGCUUGCGGUGAAGGAUUAUUGGUUAAUUUUACACUGAGAUUAAAGCAUAUUUAAAUAUGUUCCAAAAAGACCCAUCUGUAUUUAUUUGUUUUAGUGCUUAUUAUUGGGUAGUAACAUUUGCCCUUGCUCAAUGCCCUAAUUAUAAGGAUGAUGCUAUUUGAAUGCAAAAUGCAAACUAAUCGCGAGAAUCGUAUUACGAAUAGUCCCGGCAAUGUCACGAGAAAAAAAAAGACAUUUGCAUUAU